AUGGAGGUAUCAGGUCGUAAGGAAUGCGACGAUAAACAUUCAACAUCUAACCAAGGGAGACAACUUACAGUUUUUUGCCAGCCUUGUGAGUGUGACGGUGACACAGUAGAAGCGGAGGCAUUCUGUGAAACUUGUAACGAGUUCAUCUGUUCUCCAUGUUUAAAGGCUCAUCGAAAAUUAGCUAUAAGUAAAAAUCACGUGAUCAAGUCGAAGGAUGAAAUGCCAAAAUCAAGGAAAAAGCAAGACGAUCCAUGUACGGAGUUGUGUUCAAUCCAUCAUACUGAAAUUAUAAAGUUUUAUUGUGAAGACCACAAUUCUGUAGGAUGCGGAGAUUGUAUGGUCCUUAGCCACAAAACGUGUUCUGUUAAACUCGUCAAUGAUGUCUCCGACAGCUACGAUACCAGCGAGGAACUCGUGCAAAUCAGGAAAAAGAUGGAAACCCUUCUGAGUAGAAUUUCAUCUUACCAAGGUGAUAUUGUAGAAGGCAUAAAGGCUACUGAUGAAAUGAGAGAAAAAAUUAGGAAAGAAGUUCAUAUUUUCCGUCAAGAGAUAAACGAAUAUUUGGAUAAUGCUGAGGCAGAUCUGCUGAAACGAAUAGAUCAGCUGACAUCGAAACAAGUGUCUCAGCUUGGGCACAUGCAAAACGAAUUUGAGUCUAUGAAAACUGAGAUGAGAAAAUGUCAAGAUGAAAUAACAAAACUUGCUCAUGAAAAGAUUGAAGCCUGCCAGAUUUCAACAGUGGAACUAGCAUCUAAAUGUGAGAUUGAAAUAUUUGAUUUUGUAAAGUCUCAAGAGUUAGAAAAAGUUGUAAAAGGUAACAUUGCCAUUGGUGUAAUUAAUGAACAAAAGCGGAAAUUACGUACACACAGCAAAAAGAGCCUCAAAGAUAUUCAAACGACGCUGUUAAAAAGUCUUAAUGUCAGGUCAGUAAAGGACCCAAAGCAAUGCUUCAUAUCAGGAAUGGCAUUGAUUUCAUUUGAUGAACUCUUGCUUGUUGAUUUUCAUAAUCAUUGUCUUAAACUUUUAAACGUAGACAAGAAUAAGAUAACCUUUAGAUUAGAAACAGAUGGUCCACCAUGGGACGUAACUGAUAUCAAUUCGAUAUUAUUCGCAGUAACUUUAGUAUCAACAGGUGAAAUACUAUUCAUAAAUACAUCAAAUGGAAUUUUUAAAAGUCACAGUAUAAAGGUCAGAGGGGACUGUAGAGGAAUCGACUACCGUGACGGAGUUUUUGUUGUAUCGUUUGUUAAUCCAGGAUGCGUUCAGCUACUUGACAUACAAGGGAACAUAAUGAAAAAGUUUGAUAUCGGGAAACAUUGUCCACAUCCUUAUUAUAUUUCCCUAUGUAACGACAACAACAAAAGCUACAUUGUGUCUGAUUACUAUGAAAAUGCUCUUGUUGAGUUUACUGUUGAUGGGAAAGUUAAGGAUAAAAUAACGAGCAAUGAUAUAAAAUCACCAAGACAACUUGUUAUGACACAUGAUGGGGCGGUUAUUGUUUGUUGUAAAGGUAUCAGUGAUAAACUAAUCAUGGUUACACCAAAUACAAGAAAGGUACUUCCUAUUGCUGUGAAAGGUGUCCAGUGUCCCUUUUGUUUUGCGGUUUCUGAUGAUCAGACGAGGAUGUUUAUAUAUGACGGGUCAAAAUGUGAUAUCAAAGUAUUUGAUAUCAAUUAA